AUGCCUAAGUUGAUUAUAACUAUGGACACGACCCGCCCAGGCCACCUAGAUCCUCCCAGGCCGCCUAGGCGCCGCCUAGAUCCUUUCAGGCCGCCUAGGCGCUGCCUAGAUCCUCCCACGCCGCCUAGAUCCUCCCAGGCGGCCAAGACGCCGCCUAGAUCCUUCCAGGCCGCCAAGGCGCCUCCUAGAUCCUUCCAGGCCGCCUAG